UUUCUCAAGGCUCAUCUUGCACCACUCACCCACCACACACUCUGCUACUAUAAACCGCCAUUAUGGUGAAGCUUGCAAAGGCUGGUAAAAACCAAGGUGACCCCAAGAAAAUGGCCCCUCCCCUGAAGGAGGUAGAAGAAGAUAGCGAUGAUGAGGAAAUGUCAGACGAGGAAGAAGAUGACAGCAGUGGAGAGGAGGUUGUCAUCCCUCAGAAGAAAAGCAAGAAGGCUGCCAUGACUCCAGCAAAAAAAGUAGUGGUGUCCCCAAACAAAAAGGUUGCGAUUGCCACACCUGCCAAGAAAGCAGCUGUCACCCCAGGUAAAAAGGAGGCAGUAGCCACGCCAGCCAAGAGGACAGUGACACCGGCCAAGGCAGUUGCAGCACCUGGCAAGAAGGGAGCUGCACUGGGCAAAGCUAUGGUGGCAGCCCCAGGUAAGAAGGGCACCGUUGCCCAAGCCACGGGGGGAAAGAAUGGCAAAAAUGCCAAGAAGGAAGACAGUGAUGAGGAGGAAGAGGAUGAUGACAGCGAGGAGGAAGAUGAGGAAUUUGAGAAAGUGAUGAAAGCAGUAGCUGCUGCCCCUGCCUCAGAGGAUGAGGACGAUGACGUGGAGGAGGAAGAUGAGGAAGAGGAUGAUGACGAGGAGGAAGACGGCUCUGAAGAAGAAGCAAUGGAAACCACACCAGCCAAAGGAAUAAAAGCUCCUGCAAAAGCUGCUCCUGUAAAAGCCAAGAACAUGGCUGAGGAGGAAGAUGACGAUGAGGAGGAUGAAGAGGAGGAUGAGGAAGAGGAGGAAGAGCGGGUCAAAGAAGCACCUAGAAAACGAAAGAAGGAAAUGAACAAACAGAAGGCAGCUCCUGAAGCCAAGAAACAGAAAGUGGAAGGCACAGAACCAACUACAGCUUUCAACCUCUUCCUUGGAAAUCUGAAUUCAAACAAAUCUGCUCCUGAAUUAAAAACUGGUAUUAGUGAAGUUUUUGCUAAGAAUGAUUUCAUUACUGUGGAUGUCAGAAUUGGUACAAAUCGGAAGUUUGGCUACGUGGACUUUGAAUUUGCUGAAGACCUGGAAAAGGCCUUGGAACUCCCUGGUUUAAAAGUCUUUGGCAGUGAAAUUAAACAAGAGAAACCCAAAGGAAAAGACAGCAAGAAAGAUCGAGGCAGAACACUUUUGGCCAAAAAUCUCCCCUACAAAGUCACUCAGGAUGAAUUAAAAGAAGUGUUUGAGGAUGCCAUAGAGAUCAGACUAGUCAGCAAGGAUAGGAAGAGUAAAGGGAUUGCUUAUAUUGAAUUUAAGACGGAAGCCGAUGCAGAGAAAACCUUUGAAGAAAAGCAGGGAACAGAGAUUGAUGGGCAAUCUGUUUCCCUCUACUACACAGGGGAGAAAGGUAAAAACCAAGACUACAGAGGUGGAAAGAACAGCACCUGGAGUGGUGAAUCGAAGAUGCUGUACCUAAGCAACCUCUUCUACAGCGCAACAGAAGAAACUCUCCAGGAAGUAUUUGAGAAAGCAACUUUUAUCAAAGUGCGCCAGAACCAAAACAGCAAAUCUAAAGGGUACGCGUUCAUAGAAUUUGCUUCAUUUGAAGAUGCUAAAGAAGCUUUAAAUUCCUGCAAUAAAAGGGAAAUUGAGGGCAGAACGAUCAGACUGGAACUGCAAGGACCCAGGGGUUCACCUAACGCCAGAAGCCAGCCAUCCAAAACCCUGUUUGUCAAGGGUCUGUCUGAGGAAACCACCGAAGAGACCUUAAAGGAAUCAUUUGACAGCUCUAUUGGAGCAAGGAUAGUCACUGACUGGGAAACCAGCUCCUCCGAGGGCUUUGGUUUUGUAGACUUCAACAGUGAGGAAGACGCCAAGGCCGCUAAGGAAGCCAUGGAAGACGGUGAAAUUGACAGAAACAAAGUUACCUUGGACUGGGCCAAGCCUAAGGGAGAAGGUGGUUUUGGGGGCUGCGGUGGCGGCAGAGGCGGCCAAGGCGGAUUUGGAGGCAGAGGCCGGGGAGGCUUUGGAGGGCGAGGCGACUUCCGAGGAGGCAGGGGAGGAGGAGGAGACCACAAGCCACAAGGAAAGAAGACGAAGUUUGAAUAGUCCCUCUGUCCCUGUCUGAACCUGUUCAUUGGAAAGAAAGGACUCUGGGGUUUUACUCUGUUACCCGUCGAU